UGGAUACAUGAUGGCUGUGCUUCGACAAAACCCAAGUGGCAUGACUGAUGCAGAUAAGACAUCUCUUGCGGCUACUCGGUUUGCUGCUGUUGAAAAGAAGCCCUUCCAUUUCUUACAUUGUUGGUCCAUAUUGAAGGAUCAACCAAAAUGGAUGGACCAGCACAUGGGUAACCAGAUUCCUCCACCGAACCCUAUUGGAACCCAAUCCAAUACUAUUGACUUAGAUGGUGGUGAAGACUCAGCUCCAUCAAGUUUUACUUCGAAGAGACCGCUUGGUCGUGAUUCAGCCAAGGAAAAGGCAAAGAAGCAAAGAUCAGAGAACACAUCAUCCACUGAUUCGGAGUACCUAACACGGAUGGGUGAGCUUUCUUUGGAACGGUUAUCUGUGUACAAAUCAGUAGCUUCAACUGAGGAGAAGAAGUUGGAGUUCAUGAAGAAACAGGAGAGGCAGAAACUCAUAUUGGAGAGGAAGAAGCUUAAUCUAGAGAAGAUGAAGAUGGAACGACAAAAGGUGAAGGAGGAGACGGAACAGGAGGUACUGAUAUUGAGCAUGGAUUUGACAAAAUGUAACCCCCUCCUUCGACAGUACUAUGAGGCGAAACAACAGGAGAUUCUGGCAAGGGUGACUGGAAGCUCGUCGUCAAGCAAGUGAAUGUUCAUGAAGACAUUGUAGUGUUUGAGGAAGUAAUGUUAGUUGUUUUCGAAAACAAGUUUAUUUACA